AUGGUCAGUAGAGAGAAUGCAGCUUUAACACAUGAAGCAUCGGCUUCACUUUUCAGAACUGGAGGUUGCAGCCUGAAUAUAACUAAGGCAUUGCCAGGUUGCUACUUAGGUUGUUACUCUGAGGAAUAUAAGAGCAAGGUUUGCAACAAACAAUGAAAAUACAGUAAUAAAAGAUUACGCAACAAAACCUCCUGUGAGCCUUUUUGAUCAUCUCAAAAACAACACUCCUCUUCUUAUCACUCCCCAAACAUAAUAUUAAUGAUUUACGUAUUUAUUUAUAGUUUGAUCCAGUAGAAAACUCCUAAAAUAAAAGAAACCUACAAUCCAAUUUAGGGAUUUGUUUUUCCUCAUGGAGAACGCUCACUUGAACUAAUUCAAUCUAAUGACUGUUUCCAGGAGGAAAUCUUGUGUCUCAUGUGGACAUGCUCCGCUCUCUAUCCCCAGAGACACAGAGUGGUUUCCCAGAGGAUGAGAGUCCUCUGAGGAAUUUGCUGCUAUUUCUCUUCCCCCUUUUCUUUAAAGUCAACUCAGGACAACAUAUAAAUACAGUAUCAGAAGGUUAUUUAUCGCUUUCUUAUCUGAAAACCCAUCCAGACUCAGAGAGUGCUCCACAGAGUUGUUUCAGCUUCAUAUCCAGAGGUUGUGACGGUUUUCAGACUUUCUGCUUUUGAAACCAAAGCCGUCCUAUCAGGUUCAUCAAGUUCAUGACAAGCCGGACAGGAAAAAAACACAACAGUUAUGGAAAUCCACUGGGUCACGUCCAGAGUAAACGCUGGAAAUCACAUAAACCAAACAAGAAAGCAAACUGAGACGACGGCUCGGCGGCUUCUUCUUCUUCUUCUUCUUCUUCUUCUUCUUCUACAAAUUAAACUCUUUGUGUUUGUUUAAAGCUUGAAGUUUGUAUGUGCAGGACAAUGGGGCUGACAGCCAACAUCCACAAACACCAUGCAUUGUUACAGUUUACAGCCUCUUAAACAUUUGCCCUCAAGUGACUUCAGAAGAGAAGAAGUUUUUCCACUGUGACUCAUUUUUCUUACAUAUAUAUCUUUUCCUGCUUUUUCCAUACAAGCAGUUCUUUGAAGCGACGCCAGCCUCACCUUGAGACACAGUUUCAUCGUUACAUCUAAAGCUACAGGUCUUAUGCAGACUUCCCUGCAGCUCAGUGUGACGGGUGUCUUAUCUUUGGAAAACUCCCGAUGAGAAUUUAAAUUGAACUUCUGUCAGUUUAAGCGAGGCCCGGCCACUGAGAACUCCUUUGUAAUGAUGGAAAGUAAGUAAGAGAACUUACAAAGCCUUUCAUAUAAAGGUUAUUUUGGUUUUCUAUAAAGAGAGAAACUUUUCAACCCUUUCAUACGGACUCUUUUCUGUCUUUUACUUCAUAGUCCCAUGAAGUAAACAGGAGUGUUUUAUUGCCAAAGUGCUGCCGCUUUGACCUCUGCUUCUGGUUUCUGUUGUGCUGCUGAUGGACCGUCCUCAUCGAGCCUCAUCGAGCCUCAUCGAGCUGCUGGAUUUUAAAGGGCAUCAACUAAAAAGCCUGAAAUGUAGAAGGUGGUGCUGAUUUGUCGAGGCCACGACGUGACAUUUACCAGGUGACAUGGAAGCAGGACCCGCUCUGCUGACGGGCCGACCCAUUAAAACCUCUUCAGAGACAAAGAGAGGACGAGGAGAUACGGGGUUACAGACUGCAAAGAAUCUGUUAUCCACAAAUACUGAGGAGGGCUGCAGUCAUGUAAACGGAUCGGGGAGAUUGUUCCGCUUCAUUUAAACGGUGAUAGCAGAUGAGAAGUGUGUCAGACCACAAGUUCAGUCCUGUUACUAUCAUAAGGGAGGUGGAGCUGCUACAGAGGCACUAUUUAUAAUCAGAGAGCUUCUUCUUUGCCUUCUUUCUGAUUUUCCAUUUAACUUUUACAAGUCUGUGGCUCACAGGCUCACAGGCGGCCAUGUUUCUUCUCUUAAAAGCCUCAGGAAUCUCAAACGUUAUUCAAAGUCACAUAAAUAGGGAAUUUGUUUGGGACUGUUUUCAGCCACGGAUUAAUACACAGAUUGAAGAUUAAUCUUCAUUCCUUCACCACAACAAAGACAACCAGACGAGGAAGAAGUAAUUAUUUCUGCUCGCCUUGUACCAGUUUUGUUCGUUAUGCAUUGAAGACGUAGUUUUAUGUAGCACCCGUUUAACAUGUUUUUAUUGCUGACACUGAUUUCUCUGUAUCAAAUGUAAUAAUAUGUGAAACAGGAAGAAUAUACAGCCAGAUGAAUGUUGGCUUCGUACUGAUUCUACAAACCAUGGAUACCUUAAAUGUUGACGUUUCUAAACCAAAAAAGUUUCCUGAACAAGUUUCAUAUUCAGCCUUUUACAAAACACACAAUGACACGUGGUUAACGUCAAAGGAUUGGUUAGGUUGAGGCAACAAAUGUAAUGUCAUCAUUCCUCUGGUUUGUCUUAUAAGACAGGUACAUUUUUUGCAUUUCUUUGUCCGUUAUCAUCAUCCAGAUCUAUAUCUGAAGGAGUGUAAUGAUUUAGUCUUUUUAUUUACGCUUGCUGAUAAACUGCAGCUUUAUGAUUUGUUGUUUGGUGGAAGCGAUCUAACGGGCUACUGCGUGACCUUAUUUUUGGGGCUGACAGCUUACUUGUCACCGUCUGAACCGCAGUGACAGAGUGAACACCACCCAUCUGGUGCCGCAGGCAGUUAAAAACAAACACCAAAUAUGGUCCAAGCCCUGGGCUUGUGCUGCUGACGGAGAGAGGCCGGGAAGAAGAAGAGUCCUUGACUUACGGUCAUGAGCUGGAUCAUUUCAGCUGGCGUUCUCUGCUCAGCUUCCCAAAAACACAGAGCACCCAGUCUGUGGAAGUUCACUCACUGGAUAAGAAACCAGGCCACAGGUCACAAGUCUCUGCUCCACAAACAGCCCCACAAAAAGAGGACUCAAACUAUUCGGCUCGUCCGGCUCAUCCGUGCGUCCGGCGAGGGUCUAGCGGAGCAUAUUCCACUUCGCAUGUUUCCUCAUAAACAAGUGCUGACUCAUGGAGCGGCCUGUAGCUGUGGGUUGUCAGCAGGUUUAGCAUCAGGACACAUAAACUCUCCCUCCUGCAGGGGAAGUCAAGAGUCCCGUGAAUCAGAUCGCUCUGCAUUUCUCAAUUGUUUCUGGGGAUGUUCUUGUUUUUGUCUAAUGUCUAAACUACAUUAAUGCCGCUGCUGCGUCUCCGCUGCUGCGUCUCCGCUGCUGCGUCUCCGCUGAUAAUUUAAGCGGCGCUAUCGCUUUAAAUGUGAAUGUUUGGAUGAGUUUACACUUUGUGACGAAGGGCCCCUUCUUGUUUUCUUUAUAGCAACCUUGAGGCUGACUGAUGGCUGUGUGUGUGUGUGUGUGUGUGUGUGUGUGUGUGUGUGUGUGUGUGUGAGAGCACUGGAAAGUGCUUGAACUGCUAGAUGGUAAUCACCUCCUUACUGCAACAAGACACACAGGUUUGUACUUCUAUACAUGUGAGGGCCCUCAUGGCAUGAUGCAUUCUGGGUCUUCUUCUCUUCCUCCAUCUUUGCUCCGAGGUUAUUCAUGGCCGGUAGAACCCCUUGGAGUGUAAGAGGGUUCUUGGUGGAACCCCCUGGGUGGUUUCUUUUUAGCACCCGUAGAAUGUUCUGGAUACAUCCUUCCUUCUGGGUGGAACUUUUUAAAGAUGGUUCUAGUUCUACUCCCCCCCUCCGGAAAGGGUUCCAAGUAGAACCUUUAUAAAAAGGUUUACCGGGAAGCAAAAAGGGUUCUCCUAUGAGGACAAGCCAAAGAAUCCUUUACGGUUCUGGUGAGCACCUUUAUUUCUGUCCAUUAUCUCUCUUGUGAGGUUUCAUUUGUAUUGAGAGUCGGUUUUCAGGUGUGAAGUUCAGCUCCGUUCUGCUUUUGUUCACUGGGUGCGUUGAUCAGAUGAUGGACAGUCCUUCCUCUAGCUUCUCUACACUCACUGUUCAAAUAUUUAGGAAGGUGAGGUCACUGUAUUCCCUCGUACUCUUCACAUAACUGUGAGAACGCUCAACAACAGUCACAGUACAAAUAACUCCGGCCUCCAGCAACUGAAGUUUCCAGCUCUCCUGCUCUACUGGAUUUUGAAGCCUUUAUUUUGUGGCUUCAGGGAGCUUCGCUGUCAUCUUAUCAUUCACAGACAGAAAGGACACAUUUGAGCAGAGUUGAGGUGGGACGAGACGGACGAGAGACCCCCCCAAUCAUCACGAUGUUUAGGCCUAAAUACCGUCUGAAUCAAACAGCACUUCUCAGAACCACCGCUGACAGACAGACAUUAAUCCUCCUUUGCAUUGACUGUGUUUAUUAUGUUUAUGGUUCUGGCCGGCUGACAAACAGCUUUCCUAUCAGGCCACGCAGGACAUGGCUGCCGGCCAAACGGCGGCCCUUUAUUGCAUUAAAUUAAAUCAGACCACAUCAGCUGAGAGGAUGGCCGUAAAGUUGGCUGCACUUGAACUGUGAGUCCGCGUAUGUACGUGCAGGUUAACGCUCGUCUCGGGGAUACUGAGCCGCAAACCUCGUUGCCGAAACCGCAAAUUAAACGUUUAUCUGGCAACAUGUACUUUAAGGUGGGUUGUGAGUGGUUCAUUGCUGCUCCCGCCUUCCCGGUGCGUGAUAUGCGGUCUUUAUACUUCUUUGUUCAUGAAGUAUAUCAGCGUUGUGAAACAUUUGCUGUUUAUGUUCUCACACGGUCACUGGUUUUGUAAUUCUGCAGAACGUUAGGCCUUAAUAUGAUCUAAACUUCAGCUGGUAAAAAGAUGCAUCACUGGGAAAUGUGGCAUGAAGCGCUUCCUCUAAACCGUACAAUGUAAAUGCUCUUCUUCAGUGAGCAAAUAUGAAGAAUGAUUUAUGGAUAUGUGUCUCAGAUAAAGAGGAAGCCUCAUGACCUGUGCUCCAUCUGCAUAAAACACAUAUUUACCUUCUGAAGUUGACGUUUGUCCAAAGAGCUCUCCCGUGUCGCCUUGUCUUAUCUUUUCAUUGCUCUGUACGGGUGUUCGUGCUCUCACGAUGGUGUUUGCUUUAACUGUUGAGGUGUAGAGCUGGAACUUGUCAUGUAGUUUGACAAAUGUGCAGUCUGGAACCUGGUUCAUGACAAAAAUCAUGGAGCACAAUGCAAAUCUGAGGGAGAGAGAAUCUAACAGACGACAUCUUCACUUUCUCUUCUGGCCCACUGAUUAGAACAGAUUGGAUUUUAAGUUAGUUUCAAUCCUUAUUUGUCGAAAAGACUUAAAGUGUGAAGUUGCUGUGACCCAGAAAUCAGAUGAGUGGAUGACUUGUUGAGACAUUGUUACUAAAUGACCAUCCAAGAGCAGAUUUUGUGCUCUAAAUCGGGACGUGGAAGUUGUUUAAUGCUUAUUCAGUGUGUAUUUAAUCUGUGUGCACUCAGACCUGCAGCGCAGUAAGUCUGUGAUUUGUUCUUAAUAAACUUCACCAUCUCCCAGUGCGGUCGUUCCCUUUUACGACUCAUGGAAGGUUUGGUCCUUAAUUGCUCUUGUACACUUAAUUCAGAGAGAGGUUUUGCAUUAUCUCUGUCUGUCUUCAUUUCAUACUUGGUUGUGAGGUUUUAUGGUUCUGCAGCGUUCACUUGUGUUGCUGUUCUGCACGGUCUCGUACACCAAAGGGAAAGUGCAUUCAAAUGAGAACAACCUGUGAAGCAGUGAUCACUUUUACAGGUUUCAUGAAAGAGUUUGUUUAGAAAUGCAAAUUAAUCAAUAUCCUAUCAAAUAUGCGCUGAUCUGCAUUAAUGUCCAGAUCAUAAAUCUGAACAUCAGAUGAAUCAUUUGGACAUAUUAGAGUCAAAGCUUUUUACAGAGCGGAUUUUGAAUAUCUCUUUCUAUCACUACAUAAAUCAGAAAAUACUGUCGACAGCCAUAAAAUAAAUCUAUUUUCAUCAUGUUUUUAUGAAUAAAAUGUUGUAUAAAUGAGUCUGUGAAUGCUGUGUGAUCAGACCCCUCUGUGUUAACCUUUGGCUCAUACUGCAGGUUGUGACGAAGCGGGAACAUAAAAGAACCAAGCAUGCUUCUAGUUUCUUCUUGUUAAAGUGCUUUAAAGAUAAACUCAGGACCGACUCUUCAAACCGAGCCUUGCUACACACUUCCACGCUCGCUCUGCUGAAGCGGCUCUAUUUCUACUCUUUGCAAUCAGCAUGAUGUGGGUCAGGUGUGAGGAGCUGGAACAAGCACACACACCUGAGCUCUUUACCUGAAAUCACAAAGCUUCAGAGACCAAAGGUUUGCAUGAGCCCUGCUCACAUGUUUUAUAUGGAUACGGAUUAAUGGAUCAGCUUCAGAGCUUCUGCAUCAUCCAUCAGGAAAGUAUUUAUAGUUUUAACUGCGGCUUCAUUUGUGGUGUUCAAGCAAUUCACAAAAAACACUGAAGUCAUUACGUCACUCGCAUGUUCCUGAGGGCGUGUUGAAGAUAUAUGGCUGACUUUACUGAUAUAUCAUUAAAGUCUACAGUUGACUCUGUGGAUUUGUUCAGUAUUUUAUCUUCAUAAAUCAGACUUUAAAGUUGCGCUGAUCUCUGAUGUUGGGUUGCACCAACAAGGACUCGUUUUUAAACAAUGUAGCAUUUAGUUAAGGAGCAGAGUCCUGCAGAACGAGUCCAAAACCCUUUGAAAUGAAUAAGCAUGUGUUUUGAUUCAUUGACUGACAUAAUUUUAUGUUAUAGAAACAUUUUGUGUAAAAUCCUCAUCAUUCAGAACAACCCUCUGAAAAUCAUAAUUAUAACGACAGAACAAUUGUUCUCUUCUGAAUGAACCGCACAUUCACGUCCUGUAGGUAACCAGCUGACGUGAUCAGUUACAUCAGCUGCUGCUGAUUGUAGAGCAGUGCAUUGUGGGUAUUCUGCUGAAGUUCUGAUGGCACCUGUUCGAUCACUGAACGGCGCCUGAAAGUGUGACCUGGAUGUGUCAGACAACAACAAACUCUUUUUCACGUUCUACAGCAGGAACGAGGCCAGAGGCUUCGCUCGGUUCCACAAUGAAUCACGAUGGAAUGACGACGUAUCGCAGGCUGGAGAGCAGAGAGAACCAAUGUUCUCCGUUACCACGUCAACAGCUCUUACAAUCAACAAAAGACGAGAUGACGGAAACUUCAGAAACACAAAGUUGACCUUGUUAAUUCAUCAGACGGGCUUUAUUUUCAGCUCUGAUGUGUUUACUUUUAGUCUUUUUCAGAGACAGUUUCCAACGAAUUAUGGAGUUUUUCACAGAUGGAAUUUUACACCUUUUCUAGCUAUUCAUGAAACACACAAAUUAAUGUUAAAUGUCUGAGCUCUUGAAUGUCUUAAGAGCUCAGAUUAUUUAGACGCAUUCGACAUAGUUUCCACUUCGCCUGGAUCUACGGAAAAAUAUUCAGCUUCUCAUUAUGACUUUUCUUUGUCAUAAUGAGAAGUCCUCAAUUAUUAUCAUGCUUUGUUUUCUUGUUUUCUUGGUGCAUCAUCAUCAUGGUGUGUUUUAGUUAAACAUGGUUUGUGCAGAAGGUAUUCAGUCAAAAACUUGAAUAAUUGCAAUAAUCAAAAAGAAUAAUAACCUGUUUCCCAGGUCAAGAAUAAACUUUCUCUCUCAUUGAUAAAAUAGUUUUGGUCCAGAAAUCGACAGAAGCUGGACAAGCGAAGCGUCUGUGGUGAGUGACUCUCGCAUCCAGACGAACUUCCGCCUGCUUUGCAGACAUGGAGGUCACGUGAGCGUCUUGCGGAUUGUUUUGCAGAGUGAAAUGCCACUGAAUCCACAGAGGAGGAUGUAAUCCGCUUCACUUCCCUGUUUUGUUUUGUCUGCCGCCGGUUUCCUCCGCAGCCAAUGAAAGCGCUCGGAGAGAUUUUGUGUUCAGUAGAAGAAGCGUCUCAAAGCGCCUCUUCAGCUUUCAUCUCUGCUGAGUGCGUCCUCUGACUCGUAAGCAGCAGCUGAACACACAGCGGCUUCUGUCGGUCGCACCGCGUCCGAUCAAUAACCAUUUCUAGCCCAGGAGUCCCUCAAACUCUGUCAAUCUGAGGAUUGAUCCUCUAAACACCCGUGUGUGUGUGUGUGUGUGUUUAUUUAUGCCUCUGAAUGUGUGUUUACCAUUAGCUUGAGUGUGUGUGUGUGUGUGUGUGUGUGUGUGUGUGUGUGUGUGUGUGUGUGUGUGUGUCCGUCCUGAGGCCAGAAUAAGUAGUGGGCAGUCUGUGCACUCUGGGUAAUUAGACGGCUCUCCAGAACAAAGCGAUGACUUUGUUUGGAUCCCUUCCCUUCCUACAUUUUGACCAUUUUUAGCAUAGCAGCUAAGUCGAUGCACCUUUUUAGUUCUUUCUUUCCAUUUUCUGUGGGAUGGAUUCUAAUAGCGUUGGUGAACCCUUAACCUCUCAUGUUGCGCCAUCUUCAGGUCUGAUAACAUUCCCAUCAGCCUUGGCUCUACUUUUUGUGUUUUAGGGCUCUGAGCAGGUGUUGGCAUGCUAACAUGCUAAACCUAGAUAGUGCACAUGGUAAACAGUUUACCUGCUAAAAGUCACCGCAUAAACACGGUCAUGUGUGUUGGCAUGCUGAUGUAACCUUUUAGCACCGUUGUGCUGUCGGCUCUUAGACUGAUAACAUGAGUUAAACAAACGAUAAUCAUUGGGUAGUGUGAUCACAGAUUCAUUCACUAAAAUCAGACAAUCAACAUGUGGUGGGACAUCUAUCUCAGUCUAUACGAUAUUCAGAGCAUUAAUAUAGCAGCAAACAAGCAUUUGCUGUAAAUAUAAAGAGCAGUAAUGUGUACCUGAGCAGUUAAUGAAGUCUCUCUCGCUCUGCGUGUUUUGUAAUCCGAGUUUCUCUGUGCUUCUUUUGUAUAGCCGGUGUUAGCGUGCAACACUGGUUAGCUCACGGCCGCUGCUCUGCUGCUCUGAUAUGGCGGUAACAGCUGAUCACUUAGCCCAGUAUCAUGGUAGUUUGUGAAGUAGUCAUGAAAUGCAAUCUAUUGGUUGUGUGUACACGGACAGGAAUUGUCUUUUCCGUGUCGCUCAGAAUGAAAAUAAUGCCAAUGGAAAGUCAAUAAGGAUCCUUAUUCAUGGUGGAGACAUGAAUUAAAUGCAUCCACGUGACUAAGCAACAGUCAGAGCUACUGACGUAGUUUAUAAUAUCCAAAAAUACAACUAUUGGUGGACGGUGGGGAGGUGGAUGAUUCCAACAAACUGGACUUUCAACCAGAAGACCGCUGUUCGACACCACGUUGUGGUUUUAUGGUCGUGGUUUUGUUGCCUAAAGUCAAUUUUUGUUUUUUACGCAGUGUCGCAAAAGAAAGAAAAGUUGUUCCGAGGGACACGACAAAAAACAGACAACUCGUGUCCCUGCACACAAAACCAAUAGGUUGCAUUUCGUGACCAUUUCACAAACUGCCAUGAGACCGUGUCGGAUAGCGCCGUUCAGACAGACAGUGCCCACCCUCCGGUUCCCCCACAGGUUAACACAGUUAACUCUGUCAGCGCUGUUGUCAUUUUCUGCACUGUUAGCGUCGUUGGCUGCUAGCUGUCGGCAUGCUGAGAGCCGCGUGGAGGCACUCUCCUGAUCAUAGAUGUGCUCUGAAUUUUGAAUUUAACAGCUUUAACUUGAUAUCACUUCAUUUGCUUUAAUUAAUAUUAAUAAAUUAUUAUUUUGGUAAUUAAAACCGGUGGAAAGGUAGAAUUGUACCGUUUGCAACAGAAAUGUAGGGCUUCAUGCGAAACAUAAAUUCUACAUGUAGCAGCUGUAAACAUGUUGAUUCUCCUGUUUAAUGUCAUUAGAUUUUUAUUUUAAAAGGUACGAUGUACAUUAAUCAACAUUCAAACAAAUGUAAGAGUGGUAGUGGAGUUAGCUGAAAAGGCAUUUUUUUCUGUGGACUGAACGUGUUUACUGUUGGACAGAAAUAGCUGCAGCCGGCGGCCAUGCUGCGAGCUGUGACACAGGGGACCAUGUGCUGACUUCAUCUGACGGUACACUUUGAGCCUGCUACUGUAUCCUGAAAUCCACUCGCAGCGCUACGUUUUCAGGCUGGAAUACAAGUGCAGAGUGUGUGGUGGGAGUGGAAAGAGAAGAGAAUGCUUUUGCAUCAUCUCUGGCUGUGAUGUCGUGAGGCUUGCCAGCGGUUGGUAGAGCUACGUUUUAAAAUGGGAACAUUAGAACGUCACUUUGUGAGAGUUUCACCUCCUGAAAACAUCGUCAUGGACUCAAAUCUGUCGCUUCAGCUAGUUGAAUAUUUGAAUUCGGCCUUCGCUGACUGUGAGCUCUGAACUCCCAGCAUCCUUUGCUCCUCGCUGUUUCUUCCAACUCAGUGCAGUUUGUGUGUGUGUGUGUGUGUGUGUGUGUGAGUGAUUGGGCCAAAUUUUCUGCUCCAGUUUUGCAGCCUGUCCACUCAGCCUGCUGCACUUUGGUGAAACAGACUCAUCUUAAAUCAGCCAGCUGGAUGGCAGCAGCAGGAAGUGUUCAGGCCUGCGUUAUGAGUGAUGGCAUUGCAGAAAUGUCAGUUUUCCUUCACAUGCCAGCGGGCUGAGAUGUUUUCAACAUAUUAUUACAUUUAUUUGUGUAGCAAUGUUUCAACAUACCUUAAAUUGACUAAACAACAGCACAGGGAGUUUUGUACUGAACUGUUCUUCGGUGGACAACAGUCGGUGCUUCCUGUCUCGUCACAGUGAGGUUUGGUGCUUAUACACAAACCAAAAUCUAAAAAAUGAAACCUUGGUGAACAAAAUUGUCAGUAACUCCCCACAAAGUGUCUAUCAGGCUAGCUGUUUCCCGCAUGCUUUCAGUAUUUAUGCUAAGCUAGGCUAACAACAUCCUAAAUUCUGCUCAAAACAAUAUUUUAAUGACAGAAAUGGGAUGGAUAUCAAUCUUUGCGUCUAACUCUUGCAAUAUAUUUUCUUUCUUUUCCAUUUGUUAAAACACAAAAUCCACAAGUGCUUUUUUGUAUAAUUUGCAUAAUGGAAUCACUCAAUAGCUCGUUUGUAAUGAUAAAUUAGUUUAGCUGUGACAAGGAUGUGCAGAGUAAUAACAUCAGAGCAUGACUGCAUCGCAGGGUUGCUGUAAAACAAAUUAGACAAGGGGUUGUUUUGUUUGUUCAGGUAUUAGUUCAGAUAUAAUACAUUGAAACAUGCAUAAACACAGAUAUUUAUGUCACAGAACAUGUAAAUGUGCACAUUUAUUUGGGUUUUCUGCAGGUAUGCAUGCUUUAAAACCUGAAAGAAACGCAUCUAAGGGAAGCUCUGCGGUCGUGCUGCUCAUCUGAAGAGCUGCUGUGUCGUUCAGGUGAAGAACUGAGAGUCAGAGAGCUGCAGCAGCUGAACGAGCUGGUUGUUUAGUGGCUGUAGAUCAGAGGCCAGAGAUCCAAAAUGGGAGGCAAGCUCAGCAAAAAGAAGAAGGGAUACAACGUAAACGAUGACAAGGCCAAAGACAAGGAUGCCAAAGCGGAGGGGGCCUCUGCUGAGGAGAGCGAAGCACCAAAAGACAACAAAGACGAGGCCCCGGCUGCGACCGACGCUAAGGAGGUAGCGAACGACACGGCGGCCAAGGAGGCGCCGGCAGCAGAUGCUGCAGCGCCAAAGGAGGAUGAAAAGAACACCACUCCCGCCGCCAAGGAGCCCGAGAAACCUGCCGCCAACGCCGAGCCGAAAACAGAGGCGCCCAAGAGCGCGGAGCCCGCCAAGGCCGAGGAGAAACCAGCGGCCCCCGCCCCGGCCAAAGAAUCGGCCCCUGCCGCAAAGGAGCCCGAGGCGAAGGCCGCGGCCCCUGCCCCGGCGGCUGAGAGUAAAGAUGAGGCCGACGCCAGAAAGACUGAGGCCCCCGCGGCACCAGCAGCCAAAGCCGAGGCGGCCUCCGCUGACCCCAAGCCCACAGAGGCGGCGCCAGCGGCACCGGCGGCCCAAGCGGCUCCCGCACCGGCAAAGGAGGCCGCCGCAGCCCCUAGUUCAACACCAGCCGCCGAGCCUCCCGCCAAGGAGGCGAACGCCACAGAGGCACCAAGCAAGGAUCAAACCGUAGCAGUUCAAGAUUAAUGGACAGCUUCUUUUCGGAAAUGAAAAAAUAAAGUACCUAACUCAACGACGAUGAAGAUAAAAAAAGAUGAAAUUAACUAGCCCGCCCAUAUUAUGAUAAUAAUAAUAAUAAUUGUAAUGAUAAUGAAUUGUUGAUUGAGGAGGACUGGAGCAACCACCUGGAGAAGUUUCCACCGCUGCAGAUGAUUAUUGCUAUUAUUAUUGUUAUGUUUUACUCUAUUUUUUUCUGCUGUAGUAUUUGAACUUUGAUACGAGUCUGUGUCGGCCAUGUACGCCUCGCCAUUCCACAUCCAUCAUCCCUCUCCUUCAUACGCCAAGACGUUUGACCUGACUCCCAUCUCGGCUCUCAGUAGGCCUGCGUUCAAACAUUCACCUGCAGCUCUGUGGAUUUCAGAAUAUCUAAAUUUGGGGGACUGAGGGAAGGGUUUGAGAAAUCACUUUACCAGCUGGACCUCAAUUGAAUCUGUCCACUCUUCAUGCUCUCGGCCUUGGCCCGGUGCCUCCAGUUUUGUUGUGUUGCUACAGAUUUUCCUCUUGGCGGUUAAACGCCACUUUCUCUAGACGGCAACAUUUGACCCUUUGUGAGGACUGAGAAUGCUCAGGCUUCCUAAGACAUUUCGGAGGUUGAACAAAGCAGACUUUGCAGAGCAAAACACAUUCUUAGACGUAUAAAACAGUCGUAGGAAUUUUUUCAGAUAACCUUCUAGAUUUUGUACUGGAACCCUUAGGUAUAUUGUAAGUGAACUAAGAGGUUUUUUAACAUUUGUAAAACACUUAUAAAAUCUGAAAAGCCUCGCUGAAAUGAUCCCCUGAGUGUUCUUAGAAAGUCUGACGGAAAUCUCUGAUCCUCCAAACAAAUCUGAUGACAAAUUUGAAAUUUUGUUUUAGAAGACAUAUCUACCGCUGACCUGGGUGAGAUGAGCUUAACCAUCACGCCCUACACUUUGUUUGAUCUCGCUUAGAACGCCAAGCUGGUGACGUUAACUGCAUCAUCGGGAGAAAGUCGGGAGUGAAACCUCUUUUCUGUGAUUGUCUUCUGUUUCUGGACUCAAUCCUUCAAUUACCUGAGUACAAGUACACAUACUUGGAUAUACAGCAAGUCAAAGUCCUACGUUCUACUUAAGUCAAGGAUUAGCAGCAAAAUGUACUUAAGAAGUGAAAGUAUAUUGUUAAAGGUUGUUGAUAUAGUAGACAACGAUGGAAAUGUUGACAUGUGCUAACCACAUGUUGCCGCCGUUCUAAAGAGAAUCACAAAUUUAGAGGAAACCCCCCCCCCAAAAAAUUCAAAUUAAAGACCCUUCCACCAGUAGAUCCCUUUUAAAUUGGCAUAUAGUGUGAAACAUCAUCAGCAAACAGUGUGUCCUGAAGCAAACCUCACCAGUUUGGUGUCUAAGCAGGUGGAAAGCAGACGAGCUGCUCUGUGAACCCAUGUAGCUCUUGAGACUCUCAGUCUGAUCCCGUCGAGGUGAAGAGAUCAGAGUCAUCGCCAACACUACUCGAUCUACACCACGCUGUCAUUAUGGGAUGGGAAAGCCUUGCACAUGAAACGGGAGCUUUUGAUUUUGUCAUUUUCACCCCUCAUGCAUUGUCCUUUACUUUUCAAAAAAAUAUAUAUAUGACGUAUGUGUACAUAGAUGCAGCGGGGGAAGAAAAAAGGUACUAACAUGUUUUACUCAUGUAGAGUCAGUAUUACUGUCGAACAAUACUCACAGCACUCCUGCAUUGUCAUAUUUACUUUAAGUAGUGAUAGUGAAGAACAAAGUUUACUAUUGUCAAGCUUUAGGAUGCUUUUGGAAGCUUUAUACAGUUGAGUAAUCAGUGAAAUGUCGUCUUUUCUUGAGAUUAAUAGAAAGUCUGUCAGAUAAAUACAUUGGAGUAAAACUUACAAAUUCCGCUUAUAUUGGACUGAACACGAGUGUUUCACAAAGCGAAGGUCUCAGGUACAAGCACCUUCAGAUUAUAAUUAACUUGAGUGCUCGAGUAAAUGUGCUUCCCUUGUUUCUACUUUUGCAUAUAUGUAGAUUCAUACUGCAUGUAUAUAUUUAUUCAUCUCAAUCAUCCAUUUGCCAACUUUUCAGUUCCAUCCGACUGACGCACAAUGUUUUCCUCCCGGCACCAUUCAACCCGUAGCAGAAACAACCACUGGAGGAGCGCUGCGUGUCACUCGGUUCAGUUGUUCUUCCUCUCUUGACUCAGUAAAUUGCAUGUCCGUGGUUGGGUGAACCUGUAGUCCUGUCUUUUUGGUCAAGUGGAAAAAAAAAAAAAAAAUUCUUUCUCAGUCUGCAUCCGUGGCAACUACAGUUGAUAUUUUCAUUCCAUGUCUCACAUCGGCUAUCUCCACACCACACGCUCAUUCAAGAACAAACAAAAAGAAGAUAUGGAAAUUGAUGCAUUCAAAAUUAUAUGUACUUGUAUAAAUGGUGCAACAGUAAUAAAAUGUAAGAAAUUGACUGAAACUCAA